GGAGCUACUAGUAGCCAUUCUAAGCUGGUAACGUUCAGUCGCAGCACUUAUACUCUGUUACUAGUUAGCAAGUUGCCAUCUCCAGCCCAGGUAAAAUAGUUUGGUAACUGAUCUAGGUAAUGGCACAUGACUUUGCUUAGCACGCUUUUAAUUUCUCCAAGACUGCCAAACCACUGGUUAGGUUUGCUUACAGAAAUAAAGGUGCAGUGCUCAGUAUUUGCAUGGGAAUUGUGGUGGGACGUAGGUUAUUAUUUGAGCAAACUGGCUACAUUUGCUGUAUAACAUGAACUAGCUGGCUAUUUUCCACCAUACGACUUGCUGGUUGCAAUCUCUGGCCAGUUUGCUGUAAUAAGCUACAGGCGGCAUUCUGUACAUAGGGUGCGUCCCAUUUGUCGAUAAAUGUCUCGUCUCGUCAUAACUACUCGAUUCGUCCAAAUAUAUUAACUUGAAUCAAUGUAUUUCUGCAUUGUAAUAUUGUUCUGUCCCAGAACUAGAGGAGGUUACCUGUCUGAACUCUUGCCAUCCAUCCCAAAUGUGGCAGUUGCAGUGACAGGGCUGGGCAGAGCCUUGUGCCCUGGCCCAUUUGCCCACCCAUAGAGCACCUGCUGAACCCUUCCAGGGACAAAGUCACUACCUGAGCCAUGGAGCAGGCCCGGGAGAAGGAGGCAGAGCGACCAGCCCGUAGCAGCAAAGCAGGCCAAGGGCGAAGCGGACACUCGCGCGCCUCUGGAUCUUCCGGUUCCUCUGGAGUACUCAUGGUGGGACCAAACUUCAGAGUCGGCAAGAAAAUAGGCUGUGGUAACUUUGGAGAGCUUAAACUAGGUAAAAACCUCUACACCAACGAAUAUGUUGCAAUAAAAUUAGAACCAAUAAAGUCAAGGGCACCACAACUGCAUCUGGAGUACCGGUUCUACAAAACAUUGGGCAGUACAGCAGAGGGACUUCCCCAGGUCUUCUACUUCGGGCCCUGUGGUAAAUAUAAUGCCAUGGUGUUGGAGCUGUUGGGGCCUAGUCUGGAGGACCUCUUUGACCUGUGUGAGAGGUUCUUUUCUCUAAAGACUGUCUUAAUGAUAGCCAUUCAGUUGCUCUCACGGAUGGAGUAUGUCCACUCCAAAAAUCUAAUCUACAGAGAUGUGAAGCCUGAAAACUUCCUCAUUGGGCGACAGGGGAACACAAAGGAGCAAAUUAUUCACAUUAUUGACUUUGGCCUAGCAAAGGAGUACAUAGACCCAGAGACCAAAAAACAUAUCCCUUACAGAGAACACAAGAGUCUCACUGGGACUGCACGAUAUAUGUCAAUCAACACGCACCUGGGAAAAGAGCAAAGCCGACGUGAUGACCUGGAAGCCUUAGGCCACAUGUUCAUGUAUUUCCUACGAGGGAGUCUACCAUGGCAAGGACUCAAGGCUGACACCCUGAAGGAACGAUACCAAAAGAUUGGAGACACCAAACGCAACACUCCCAUCGAAGUCCUUUGUGAUAACUUCCCAGAGGAGAUGUCUACGUAUCUGCGCUAUGUCCGAAGACUGGACUUCUUCGAAAAGCCUGAUUACGAGUAUCUAAGGACGCUUUUCACCGAGUUGUUUGAGAGAAAAGGAUACACCUUUGACUACACAUAUGACUGGGUCGGCAAGCAGAUUCCUACACCAGUAGGGUCUGCUCAUGUCGAUUCAGGAGCAUCUGCCAUCACGAGAGAGAGCCAUGCUAACAGAGAAAGAGCCAUGCAGCAACCUCUACGGAACCAGACAGCCGCUUCAGAUGGCAGGGGUGCGUGGGAUGCACAGCCCCACAGAAAGACAAACUCCUCCUACCUAAGCUCCCACCUGGCUGCAGACAGGCCUGGGGGCUCGGUGCAGGUGGUCAGCUCCACCAAUGGGGAGCUAAAUACGGACGAUCCACUGGCAGUACCCUCAAACGCACCAAUCACGACGCAGGCCGAGGUGGAGGUUGUGGAUGAGGCCAACUGUGUGAAAAUGCUCAACCUGUGGUGCUGUUGUUUCUUCAAGCGAAAACGAAAGAAGAGCUCUCCGAGGCACAGAUGAGCUCCUUACACUGUGUCCUCACGAAGAAACGCCCUCCUUUAGGAUGGGGGGGAGAAAUAUUCACUAAACAAGAAAAGUGGGAUAAUUACUUACUUAAUGGUUCGGGGCCCACUGAAUGGAAUUAUUCAGACAGAAUAUUAGACAGACUUAACCCUCAAAUUCUUUAUUUUUUUCUGCUUCAUCUGUCUUUCUUUUGACAUUUGGCCUUGUCAAAAAUUACAAGAGGCUCAAAUGCAGGCACACUUAUUUUCUGUACAUCACCUUUUUUGUGUUUCUCUUACUUUUUCCUAAACUGGAAAUCUAUCCAGUAGCCUGUUGCUCUUAAUCUUGUCUUUGACUGAGAGACAGUUUAGUCUCUUGCACUCAUUUGUCUCUCAGUUUUCUUUCUCUGUAUGUAUGUAUCAUUCUCUAUUCCCCUAUUUCUCCUCUCUUAAACCAUCCCUGGUGCAAAUAACAACUGAAUUUAAGACUUAUUUUAUGGAUUUAUGUGUGUUUCUUAUUGCUACAUAUUCAUGUUUGUACAUAAUGUAUAUAUGGAUGGACUGGUAUGGGGAGGCUUAUUUAUUAUAAUCCAUGCACCCCUCAUAGCCAUUGAUGUUCAGGCAUUGAACCUCUGUACAGUUUUGGUGCAAUAUAUUACCAUGGCUUUGAUUCGGAGCUCCAUUGUGCUUUUCUCUUCUGAAUGAUGUGACCCUACAUGUCCGAUGUUAACAUGCUUCAUCUCCUUGUCUCCAAAUUUCUACUGCUUUGUUUGUGUCUGUCAGUUUGGCGUUGCAGAAUGAAGUUGAUCCGAAAUGUUAAUCUUAUGUAAGCUUUGCUUUAUCGUCUCUAAACACUAAUGAGUAGAAUGUUUUAAGUCGGCCCAGAUAUGAACUUUGGAGCCCCGUUCUACCUCCAGCCUGUUUGUCUGUCUUGUAAGUGUACAGGAUCUGGGACAAAGAAAGUAGACUUAGUUUUGCUGAGUACAGUUUAUCAUUGACAUGUCACUGCUCCCUCUUCUGGCCUGACCAUGUGAUGCCUUAAUCAGACCACCUGUCUAAAGCGCCUUUCAGGACAGGUGCCUGUGCACUGCAUUGAGACACCAGCCAUGAAAAGGACAAGUCUGUUACCAUGACGCUCCCUCACUGCUCUAAUGGUCUGUCACAGACACUGUUGACCUCAAUCCUUACUUCGUAGGGUAUGUGCGCUACUAAGACCAUAUUGUCUUGGCUGAAUUUAUUUGCCUCCUUGACCAGUUUUAAGAAAAUAACUUAAUAGUCGGGCACAAAAAGCUGGAAGUCGGUCCAGUCUUUUUCAUGCGGCCAAACACUUGGGAUAUACUGAGGUAAUUGAAUACUUGUGGAAAUUAUCACAUUCCAUGCUAUUCUCACUGUUUGUUUCUACUAAUACUGAUUCGACUAUGGAGACAAUGUUUUUCUCGAUCUCCAGAUGUGCUUGUCGUUAUUCCUCGGGUGCAGGUGCCGUGCCCUCUUCUAUUAUGAAUGUUAAGGUUAUAAAAUGCUAAACGUGGCAAAGAUGAUGUCUUGCUAAGCACCAGUGUUUACUCCUACCAAGUAUAUGUUGUUUGAAUUCAUUUUGUGUAUUAAAUGUGAACCAGAAAUGUAUGAUGUACUGUAUUUUAGCCUUUUUUUAAUCAAAAACCUUGCAUUUUGGUGGGUGAAAGUAGUGAAAGACGUUGGUUCACUUUUUCUGCUCCUACUGUGAAAGUGUUUAUAAUUCCUGUCAAAUUAUUGCUACCAUGGAUAAUAUGAUCAGUGUUUUCUUCCCUUAUGAAAACAAUGGACGGAAAAACAGAACAUAAGUUUUUAUUUUAUUUUUUUAAUUCAAUUUCAUUGUAUAUUUGAAAUUGCAUAACUCCACUGUAGAUGUUCAAACCCUAAACCAAGGUUCUUGUGAAUGUUUCGAUGUCCAACAUUAUCUCAUAUUAAAUGUUAUUUGGCUUAAACUGCAGAUUUAUAACACUUUUUUUUCUUUUUUUGAGACGAGCAGUAUAGAUGCCUUUUCCAUUAUGACACUUUAACUUUUGGUAAAUGUAUUGGAUUUACAUCAUUUAUUCCAGUUGGACUGUUAAUCCCCAAAUCCAAAUGUAUGAUUAAAUUGAUCAAGGUUUGGCCACUUCCAUAUUGGUUGUCCGACCCUAUUUUCCUCUCCCACUUCCUAGGGUACUCUUUGAUACAGAUGAAUCGGGUAGAGGGCAGUCCAUGGGCAGCCAAAUACACAAGACAAUCCUAAGGCAAUUGGUUGUAAACCUAAGACAUUGCAGUCACAGGCAACACAUUAAACUAGUGUUCCAGAUAAACUUGCAUUCAGUUUGCAUUUGUUCCACACUCUUUGUAUGCCUCACUCUUGUUGUUUAUAAGUGACUUAAUUGUCAUUGAUGGAAAUAGAGCAUAGGAGCCGCCAAACUUGGUGCAAAUGGAUUAUGUCCAUUGUGUUAUGGUUUUAGCCCAGCCACAUUUGCCAACUAUGGGUUCAUUUAAACGCCUUGCACAUUCUAGUUCUGGUUGUUUAACACCCACCUUUACCGUCACACUUUUUACUUUGAUGUCAGUCGUUGUAUGAGGAUGUUUUAACUAUAGAGAAUGUGUAUACAAAGUUAUUACACCGGAUAUCUCUGCUCCCCAGUGCCAGCGUAGCCUUCCCCUUGUGCCAGAAUUGUUCUAGUGCUUACAUUUAGACAUGAUGCUUAUCAAUUGCCCUAAAGACAGUGAUAUAUAGGAAACCUGUAUUGGAUUGAAAUAACUUUGUUUCUGGCAAGUGAACAUUUUAGGCAAGUAUUUUAUAUUUCAACAUUUAUUAAAUUUAUAGUUGCAUUUCUGUCAUUUAUACACAAGGUUGAAGUUUUUUCCUUUUCAUCAACAUUUUGUUAAGGUGGAUUAAGCUGACUGAGCAUCAUAAAGAUGUGAUGGAUUCAUCUUUUUGUCAGUAAUGUUAACCUGCGCGUCUCCAUCAUUCUCACAACCAAAGCGAUUUUCUUGGCAUCUUCUUUUCUUUUUUCUUUUUUUUAUGUCUUCUUGUUUUUUUUCUGAGGCACCGCUUCCCUUACGCUAUGUGUGUCGUAAAUUUGUCAAGGAGGUGGUGGGGGUACAAAAUUGACUUUGCCAAGAGGUAAUGAAAAGAGAUUACGUGUUUUUCAGAGAAAGUCAAUAAAACUUGACUUCUUUCCUCCUCAAAACGUAGGGAAACAUUGUUUCCUGUUAAUGGUUACUUUUAAAGCCAUGAAAAAUGGUAAUGUAGUAUUUAAAAUGUAUUAUGAAUAUUAUUGUUCUGAAAUGUGAAUGCAAAUUUUAAGUGUAUUUGGACCUACCCAACCUGAUCAAGGGCUGCAGUUGUAAAGUGUUCUCGUUUCAUGAGUUUAAUUUAAAGUUACAGGAAAAACUUUCAAUAUCUGUUUUAAAAUGCCUAAUUUCCAAAUUAAGCAGAACAUGUCACAAUACCAUACAAUUGUACUACACACAAAAGAGCACUGAACUUUUUUUUAAACAAUAAACACCCACAACAUUU